AUGGGCGCCAUUUCUCAGUGCCAAACCAGGAUUAAUGGCGACGAAAAAGAGAUAUAUCUGAGUCCUAAAUGCGGGUUUUCGAACGGGGAUGGCAAGAACAACGAGGGCAAGGUAUUAUUUGUGGCUAGCAAGACUGGAGGGCCACUGAGCAUACGACCGCACGACAACUCGAAUGGCCUUCUUGAAGUGGUUUCUGUCCUCGCCGACGCUCCGAUGAUUCCGGCUUUCGCUUUCAUACUACCCGACCCGGGCGUGGAAAUGAAGGAUUAUAAGAUACAAGUCGGUCCGUUCUCUCUGUUUCUUCCGACUAGAAAAGAUGCCCAUGAGCUCCAUGAAGUUUUGACGAAGCAACAUAUCCACAUCAGUGUACGAGCCACCGUCAAGCUAGAAAGGAGGAAGAAACACGCUCUAGCACUAAAAUCCGCGGGACCCAACCUUAUUCUGAAGGAAUCUCUAGUACAAUUAUGGACCGAGGUCGGAAAACCAAUCCACAGUAGAGAAGUGUGGGCCUCACAGAGCAAUGCACCACCGCAGUUCGUUAGCCGUCUGGUCGUCUUCAAUACCGAAGAGGAUGACAUGUUCUUCGUUUCCAUUCCCUAUGGGGAUAAUCACCUUCAGUGGAGCAAAGAUUUAGGCCAGCGCUGCAUCACGAUAAGCCGCUCGUUAAAGGCAAAAAUCAAGGGCUAUAAGUUCGCGAAGACGGCAAGCGGCCUUCCUGGGAUACAUAUGAAGAAGGAAAAGUUUGAAGCACACGAAUCCAACAGAAAUUGUGAGAAAUACUCAACAGUUCACUUGGAAUUCGUCGGUGAUAAAGCACAGACUUUAAUCGAUUUUAAGGAGUUCAGAGAUUGCUACAACGGUCUGAAGAAAGGACGAGGCUAA